CAACUCCACCCCCAAAAAACCACCCCACCAACAUGAGAUGUCAGCAGCCUCUGUUGCUUGACCCAACCUUGCCUCAUGGUGGCAAGAGGACAGCUGCCUUGUUUGGCCAGGUACAAUCAGAGGAAUAUUUUGGAUAUGACUCUUCUGUGCCCUUGGUGAGGUCUCAGUCCAGCAAGCUAAAAAACUACUCCUGGUAGUGUUUUGGGAAUUGUGUCUAAAUUCUUUUCUAAACUUCACUGAAUUUAAACUGACCUUGUGAUAAGUUUUACUCCUUUCAGAAGCAGAUUAGCUACAUGCUAAUUGAUUUCCGUAACUCCAAAAGAAUGCAACUUUCAGCAGAUGUGUUCCCUUGGCAGUCUUAUAGGCCCACCCAUUCUUGGAAGUUAUGUACAGCUUGUGCUGAGUGACCUCAGUGAUGGAUCUGUCUAUUGUGUGUAUACAGUGCGCAAGUCGAGAGAGUUUGCAAACCUGAUCCGAAACAAAUUUGGUAGUGCUGACAACAUCGCUCAUCUGAAAAAUUCCUUGGAUGAAUUUCAGCCAGAAAUGAGUUCAAGAACGUACGGGGGCAGUGCCACCAUUGUUGCCAAACCAAAAUAUGUCAGUGAUGAUGAAUGCUCAAGUGGGACCUCUGGCUCAGCAGAGAGUAAUGGGAAUACUUCCUUUGGUCCUGCUGUGCCAAGUACCCUGGACAGCCAGGGAAAGCUUUCUGUGAUACUGGAGGAACUAAGGGAAAUCAAAGAGACACAGUCCCAAUUAGCUGAUGAUAUUGAGAAUUUAAAAGCACAAUUUAAAAGAGACUAUGGCUUUAUUUCUCAGAUGUUACAAGAGGAAAUAUAUAGGUAUUUGGGCCUUUUAAAAUUUUCUGCCUUGCCUUCAGGAUUACCUCCACCACUGUCCCAGGGAGGACAUUCCAACGCCUCACACCCUCUCAGUGAAAAAAUGUUUCCUAACAUUACCAUUCCUGUGAAUGAAACUCAUCUAUUAUCAGACAUCGCUGUCAGCUGCACCGCCGCCUCCCCCUUUGCCUGCCCGUUUCCCUCUCUGCUUCAGAAGGGAAAACCGCACCGAUCGGCACAGGACGUGGGGAAUUCGCUGCAGAAGCUGAGAGCUGCCCGGCAGCGGCACAAAGCCACGCGUUGGACACAUCCCCCGUUCACCGGCCGGGCGCUGCGCCCGGCACAAAGAUGCUCCGGGCCCUCGCUCAGCCCGCACUGCACUGGCGGAGCCGCGGCUGCUGCCCCGCGCACGGGUGGGCGGGCCCUUCUGCGCACGCGCCCGUUUCCCCGGCAACGCCGUCCCCUGCGCUCCCAGCGUGCUCCGCGCGACCCUGUCGGGCGGAGGCGGCUGCGGGCGGUGAGAUUACAGGAAGAAUAUACAAAGGCACAAGAUGAACUGAAGAGGUUGUUAGUUGAAAAGGAGACUGUGCAUGACAGAUUUCAGCAGCUUCUUGCUGAGUAUCAGGAGGAGUUGCUGGCUAAAACACGAGAGUUGGAAAAACUGAAGAUGCAGGUGCUAACUCCUCAAAAGUUAGAGCUGUUAACUGCACAAAUACAGCAGGAAUUGGAAUCCCCUAUGACAGAACGUUAUCGGAAGCUAGAAAAUGAAGUGGAAAAAUACAGAACAGAAUAUAACAAACUUCGUUAUGAACACACUUUUCUGAAAUCAGAAUUUGAACAUCAAAAGGAAGAACACACACGUAUUUCAGAGAUGAAGAAAAUAAAAUAUGAGGCUGAGAUUGCAAGACUGGCUAAAGAUAAAGAACUCCACAACCAGCUGCUUAGUGUUGAUCCCACAAAGGACAGUAAACGUGUGGAAGCACUUUCUAGAGAAAAGGCACAACUGUGUCAAAAAUUAAAAGGCUUAGAGGCUGAAGUAUCAGAAUUAAGAGCAGAAAGAGACAAUUGCAGUGCACAAGCAGAAAAUAUUCAAAGAGCACAAGCACGGCAGUUAGCUGAGAUGCAGGCUAUGACAAGGUCUCUAGAGGCCGAAAAGAAGUCUGCUGAACUACAGAUUGAUCGACUUGAGAAAGAACUGCAGAUGAGUCAUGAGGAGAACAGCCUUUUAACUACUAAACUUGACAAAUCUGAACUAGAAGUCAGUUCCUUAGCUGCUAAAAUAGAAGAACUUAAAAAUUCAUAUAAAUUGGAAAUAGCAAAUGUCAGACUGGAGGCAGCAAGAACAAAGAGCGAGGCAGAAAGAGAGAGAGACAAGAUUCAUAGUGAAAUGGAUGGAUUGCUGUCAGACAAGGAAACUCUUAAGUGUCACCCUAUCAGCGACUGUACUGCUGGGACCCUAAUGUGCUAUCUCUCUAGAUUGAAAGUUCAGCAGCAAGGUAAUCAGACAGAGGAGUUGGAUGAAAAGAAAUGUGAACGUGCUGAUCUGAAAUGGGAUCCUGGUUCUGAUAUGAGAGUGGAUGAUUCCUACUACUUCUACUGUGGGGAAUUGAAGGCUGUUUGGGCUUUAUAAUACAAACAUAUUGAAUGGCUGAAGGAGAAGCAUGUGCUUACUCAGAGCAUCACAGAGAAAGAGGAGAAAUACAAUGAAAUGAAGAAUAAGCUAUACCGAGCUGCUGUUGCUCAGAAAAAGAGAAAGACUCUCACAGAUAAUAAACAAAGGAGGAUGCGAGAGAAACUAGAGCUUUUGGAAGCCAAGAUGGAAGAGCUAGAAAAAGAAAACCAGGUGUUAAAUAGGUAA